GGAGUGUAUAUAACCCAGCCGAGUUCCGACACUAUUGCUGCAUCAUUAGGUGCCAAAAAUUCAUCACAAUGCCUGCGAUACCUACAACGCAUAGUGCAUUGGUGGUGCAGGGGCCCAACUCCCUCCGAUGUGUGACCGACACCCCUGUGCCGUCCCUCGCAGGGGACCAGAUCCUGGUGCAGACUAGGGCCGUUGCACUCAACCCGUCUGAUUGGAAGAUGCUCGACGCAGCAGCGGCCACCCCGGGCGCAAUUAGUGGCAGCGACUUUGCUGGAGUCAUCGUUGCAUGUGGAGAAGCAGUGCAGAACAUGUCAAUCGGCGAACGUGUCUGCGGCUUUGUCUUUGGGGCCAGUCCUACAAGCCCGAACAAUGGUGCCUUUGCAGAUUAUAUCGUCGCUCACCCGAGUCUCUGCUUUCGAGUGCCUCCGACCAUGACUUUUGAAGAGGCUGCUUCUGUGGGUAUGGGUCUGAUGACUGUAGGACUACUCUUUCGUUCGCUUGGCUUGCAGACAGAGAUAAGCCUCAACCCUGAUUCAACGAACACAAACAAGCCAUUUGUCCUCGUAUACGGAGGCUCAACAGCGACCGGCACGCUGGCCAUUCAGAUGCUUCGACUCCAUGGCUACCAGCCGAUCACGACGUGCUCACCGCGGCAUUUCCCGCUCGUAAAGCAGCGGGGGGCCACGGCAGCCUUUGACUACGCCUCACGCACUUGCAAGGAAGACAUUCGUGCUUACACGAAGGGUACGCUGGCGUUUGCUAUGGACUGUAUUGCCGACUCUCAUGCCACAACGGUGUGCUAUGGCGCUAUUGGUGGGGAUGGGGGCCGAUAUUGCGCAUUAGACCAAUAUCCCCCUCGGCUGGAGGGUCGCCGGCAGGAUAUCCAACCAGAGUGGAUUCACAGCGCCACUAUUUUUGGGGAGGAUGUCCAGCUAGCAGGGUCUUAUCAUCGCACUGCACGGCCUGAAGAUCGCCAAUUUGCUAUUGAGUGGGUACGUCAUUGCACCCACAUUUUGGCACGGGGGGAAUUGCAGACCCAUCCACUGCAAGUGCAGAAAGGGGGUUUGCCGCGAAUUGUUGGCGAUUUGCCUCUGCUCCGGAGUAAGCAGAUUUCGGGCCGCAAAUUGGUCUAUCCUGUGGGAAGCGCAUAG